UUUGCAACGCGGGAUCAGGCAGCUGCGGGCGCACAUUUCAGAGCAGAUGAAGGAAACUUCCAGUCAUGUUCGAAUCUCUCUGGAUCCACUGAGGAGCAUCUGCAGAUCACAGGCUUCUCUUUGACUCCUCUUCGGAAAUGAAGGACGUUUUCACCCCGGACUGAGAAGCCGCCAUAUUUAACACUUUUACCCUUUUGAUUAUUAUCAUUUUUAACUUUGACUCUUUGCUGAUUCGCUUUUUUCGGGCGACUGUAGCUCGGCGAUUUCGACACGAUGGCUGAUAACAAGCAAGUUAUUUUCUGCGAAGACUCGCCUAAACGAGUGCUGGUGUCCGUCAUCAAGACCACCCCGAUCAAGCCCAGGAAAGCGGAGGCGAUGACGCCCACCAGCCCCGGCUUCAGCGACUUCAUGGUGUACCCGUGGAAGUGGGGGGAGAACGCCCACAAUGUGACCCUGAGCCCGGGAUCAGUGAGCGGGGCUUCGUCCCCCACCGGCACCCAGACAGCCGGGGAGGCGGACACAGCUCCAUCACCGGAUCAGAUCAAGGAUGGUAUCCGCAGAGGUCGCCCACGAGCUGACACCGUCCGCGAGCUGAUAAACGAGGGGGAGACCUCAUCCAGCCGCAUCCGCUGCAACAUCUGCAACAGAGUGUUUCCCAGAGAGAAGUCUCUCCAAGCCCACAAGAGGACACACACAGGAGAGAGGCCCUAUCUCUGUGACUACCCAAACUGUGGGAAGGCGUUUGUCCAGAGUGGUCAGCUGAAGACGCACCAGCGCCUGCACACUGGGGAAAAACCCUUUGUCUGCUCAGAGAAAGGAUGUGCCAAUCGGUUCACUCAUGCCAACCGUCACUGCCCCAAGCAUCCGUUCUCCCGUCUGAAGAGGGAGGAGCCAAAGGAGGGUCAGGGGAAGGCCCAGUCUGUGGAUAACAAGGCUGUGGCCGAGUGGCUGGCAAAGUACUGGCGAACCCGCGAGCAGCGUGCCCCGACGACCACCAAGGUGAAGUCACAGGGCGAGGCGAUGGCGGAGGACCAGGAGCAGCAGGAUCCUAUGGAGUAUCUCCAGUCGGAUGAAGAGAACGGGGAAGAGGAAGAGGCUGCGGAGGAGGAAAAGGGGAGCCAGGGUGGAGCCACCAAGCGCCGUAUCCAGGAGCAACGGGAGCAACGGGAACGUCUCCACGGCGCUCUGGCACUCAUCGAGCUGGCCAACAACAUGUCUCCCUGAACACCCGCCCACCUCCUGAUUCUGGACUCCCCUUGCCCUCGUAUCUCCAUUCCCAACCCGUCUUCCUACAAAGCGUGCUGUAGCUAAAAAAAGAAAUCGUUCAUAAACGCAGAUCAAAGACUAGUUUAGUUCUAUCAAGAGGUGAAACCAGACUUGGAGACAGAGUUAGCCUGAGAUCAGUUUUAUGCACAGCAUCAUGUAACCCCCCCCCCCCUCACAGCACCAGGAAGGCACAAGCUAAAGCACCUUAUUCAUCUUACAUUUUAUUCUUUUAGGCUGCUAUAAUUGUAGAUUUGACUAUAUGAAGAAUGUCUUUCUUUCUUCUUGUCUUCUACAGGCAAAGAAAGAGAACUGUUAUCUUUUUAAUUUGUUUUGUUUGCACUUUGAUGGUAACGAGUUUUUUAAGUAUAUUGUGAGUGUAAGAGAGUGUGUAUGACUGAUGUAUAUAAGGAGUAAGCUCAGACAGACAGAAGAAUACAGGGUGUGGUCAAACAUAGGAUCAUGUUAAAGUUGCAUUCUGACAACCUCUCGCCAUGCUCCCAGGUUUCGUAAGUAGAAGUUCAGAUCGUUUUAGCCUCACUGGUUCAUUUACUCUCUAAAAAUGUGGUGAGCAAAGGCUGAGAAAAGGAGAUUAAGAAUAUGUCAGUGGAGUGAGAUCAGUCCUGACCAAGGAUUGUAUGAGGGCCUGGUCACGCAUCAGCGAAUGUUUCGCCUCACCUGUUCACUUCCAAUCUGUUGGAGCAGGGUGUGAAUUAAACAUUUGUCUGCUGUGCUGAGGCACAUCGCAGCGUGGCUCCACAUUUUAACUUUGGUUAACUUUGACCUGCGAUAUUCGCUUCAAAUUCGCGUAUGUGCAACCGUGCCCUAAAAGAUGGACGACAGGUCCUCACUUCUUCCCACUUAACAAAAAUGAAGCCAAACUAUCCUGGAUACAGGUGCCACCAUCUUGUUUUUUUCCACAUUAUUUGUAGCCAGAGUCUGCACAGUGAUCCCAAAAGCACUUGAACAAUCAUCAAUGCGAUUAAAAACUACCUAAAAUGACGAAUCAUCUUUGAGAAAACAAGAAUAGAUUGGGUUUAUGUCCUCUGUGCAUUUAGUAGCACUGUGGGGGACUUUAGUAAGAUUUGGCUUCACUUUUGGGGAGCGGUCAUGUCGUCCAUCUUUGUAAAGUCAACGGUCCUGACAUGCGAUGUGGUCAUUUUUUAUAUGCGAAUGAGAGGUGAUCAUUGCAAGCCUAAUCCACCGGUCUGCUCAGGCAACAAUUCAAACUUUUACAGCUUUGUCACAUGACUUAGUAUUUACACUUAAAUAUUUCUGCCUGACAACAGCAGGAAAAAUCCAACUACCUACUUACUACCUUCUGGAUUGAGCUGAUUAUUAUUCCACAAAAAGUGUUACCUGUAUGAACAAGCCUUAUUUACAUUUUAACAACCGUUUCCUCACAGAUACAAGGAAUGUUUGCGUAAAAACCUGCAAGAGGACAAAAGUCGUUUUCCAACCAGACAGCAGAUGUUAAAAAAUGGAUGUCACUUUUUAUAUUAAAAGGUGGCAAAUCAAUUAUGAUUCAGAAUCAUGGAAGUGUUCGGUGAACCCAUGUCAUCUCAUUUCAAAGUUUAAAUUAUGAGGUAUUUAUUUGACCGUAUAUAUAUAUUUUCUUUUUAUGGCUAACAUUUUGUUCAUAUGUUCAAGAUCACUCUAGAAUCAUUCGAUGCAUAAAGGGAAAAUAUUCCAACUUCACCAAAACGUCCCAAUCAAGUACAUUCAGAGUUUACACUGAUUAUUUUUUAUUGAUGAAGCACUUACAGUGACUACUUAGUCUUGGAUUAAGCUUGCAAUGCACUGAAGAUUAGAUCUGUUGUACGUGUCCAGGAAAGUGGCGUCUGCUUUUUCAUGAACUGAUUCAUGUAGUGCUGUUUUUUUUCUUUUUGUCUACUAAUGCAACACUACAUCCUUCAACACUGUAUGAUGCCUCUCAUUACUGCCCCACCGCUGGUUGUUUGGAGGAAACCUGUCACUAGCUGUUAUGUUUGAAUCAGUUUUUCAAAUAAAAAAAAAAAGCCCCUCGUGGAGUUACAGUGAAACUGGAAAGCAAAUUUGUAAAUUGUUGAUAAUCAAAACGCCAAAUGAUUUAUUGUACCCAGUCAUAGUAUAUUUUGAAGCAUUGCUAACCCUUAGUCUAUUUUAUGGUUUGAGAAGAUUAUGGCAUUUAAUAUAUACACGAUGUGUUUGUUAGAAUAUUGAGUGUGCACAAUUUACAGAGAGCUUUGAAGUUGAACUCUUAGUUUCCGCUAACAUCCUCCCGACAGUUUUCAUGUUUGUGACAUGUAUAGAGUGAUCCUGCUUCGCUUGGUAGAUAUUUUACACAGAUUUCUCUGACUGUCCUCAUUGUUCUAUAAAUUGUUGGUUUUCAAUAAACAUUCAUUGAAGUUGA